GUUUCAUUAACAUAGAAACACGUGUAGUAGCGAUACUAGCAAACCUAUCGGCAAUUUGGACAAUUAAAAUUUAUAAAAUAUUGUUUUAUUGAAAAGAAUAAAAAUAUAUAAUGUUAACACGAAAAAUAUGCCAUAAUGGAAGACGAUAUAUACCAACAUGUAUUUAUAUGUCCAAAAGAAAUAUUCAAAAUAUUGAUGAUAUAGAUGUAUAUGAAGCUAAAACAAAAUUAUCUGUACCCAGUGCUAAAUUAACAAAAAGGGAACCAUUUGUCAAAAAUCUAUUUCUUGGUAAAUUUGAUUUUGAACUUAUGGCUUUUCCUGAACCACAAUCAGUUGAUAGGUACAACCAGUUUUUCGAAUGGAUAAAACCAAUUGAAAAUUAUAUGUCUUCCGUAAACAGAAAUGAAUUAUCUAAAAAAGAAGCAUUUCAAGCAUUGAAAGAUCUUGAUGUUUUACGAGCAAGAAUAAAUUCCAAGUAUGGUGGAUUAGAUAUGUCUGAUGCAGAAACUGUCAAAGUAUUGGAAAUUUUAGUAUCAGUACCUUGGUUAGCUACAUGCUUUAUUAAAAAUAAUCUCAUGCCUAUUGACUUAAUUUCUAAAUUUGGUAAUGAAUGGCAAAAAGAAUAUUAUUUGCCUAAAAUAGGUAAUGGAGAAUUAUUACCUACAGUUUGUAUUACUGAAAUUUUAACCGGUCCAAAUAUGAAAAACAUUGAAACCGAAGCAUCACUUUCAAAAUGUGAUAAAUAUUGGACGAUAAAUGGUAGAAAAGAAUUUGUUACCAAUGGAAUAGAUUCUAAUUUAUUUUUAAUCGUUGCACGAUCUGAAGAAAAAAAUUUACCAAUGCAUCAAUCGUUAUCAGCAUUUUUAGUAGAAAGUAAACAUGGUGGUAUUACUUGUAGCAAUGCUAUUAAUACAAUGAAUCAACGUGAAAUACAUCUUUGUACGGUUGACUUUAAAGAUACAUGUAUUCCUAAGGAAAAUUUGUUAAGCGAAUUAUGUGAUGGAAAUAAUGUUUUAUUGGAUGUAUAUGCUCCUGGAACAAAUAGGAUUGCUGGAGAAUCAAUUGGUAUAUUGCGAAAUUUCUUAUCCUUAAUGAACAAAAAUAUUUUAGGUAGAAAACAUCUUGACAAAAAUAUGCAUGAAUUUGAAGCAAUACAAGAAAUUGUUGGACAUAUAUCAAGUCGUUUGUAUUGUAUGGAAAGUGUAGCAUUAUUUACUAGUUCAUUAAAUGAUAUUUAUGAUGGUCAAGAUUUGGAAAUAGAAAAGGCAAUAACAGAAAAUUAUUGUUCUAAUGAAUGCGUAAAACAAAUACAAAAAGGAUUACAAGUGAUUGGAGUUGAAAGUUAUAUGGAAAAUAAUCCAUAUAUGCAAUUGUAUCAGGAUGCUUUAGGAUUAUCUUUAUUUGAUGGAUCUUCUAUUGAUGAAAAAAUAUUCAUAGCUUUGUUAGGUUUACAAUAUGUUGGAAAGGAUAUUCAUGAAGAUAUCAAAAAAUCAAGGAAUAUUUUACAAAAUCCUCUUUAUAUGUUCAAACAAUUUAUGUCACAUAAAAAAGUUAAUUUAAAUUUAUUUGAAUAUGCACAUUUAUCACUUAAAGUAGCAUGUACUGCAAUUGAAGAAGCUAUUGAGAUAUUAGUAAAUACUUCUGCAUUGUUAUUAGAUGUGUAUGGAUCAGAAAUAUCUUCUAAGCAUAUUGUUUUACAAAAAUUUGCUGACAUUGUAAUUCAAUUAUAUGUAGCAAUUACUGUAGUAUCACGUGCUUCUAGAAGUUAUUGUACAGGAAUGAGGAAUAAUGAUCAAGAACGGUAUAUUGCAGUAUACGUUGCUCGACAGAUGCAUAAAUCAAUACAAUUAUUAAAAGACGAUAUACAAGAAUGUUGUGUACUUUAUUCUGAUAGAGCAUUAGACACGGUAUCUAAAUCUGCAUUUGAAAAUAAAGGAUAUAUGUGUGAACAUCCUUUGAUAAGAAACGUUUAAUUAUAUACAACAACAAAUCUUUAUUCAAUGUAGCAGUACAUUUAUUUACUAUUAGAAACUUAUUAUCUAAACAAUACGACUCACAUAUAUCAUCCUUAUGUGUUGUAUCAUUUGAACAUUUUAUUUUUUAGAUAAUUAACAUAUUCUAGAAUUAUUUUAAUUUAUAAAACAGCGAUUAACUCGAUAAUUGGAUUGUUAUAUUAUAUAAAACAUUAUUUUAUUUAAACUAAGCACAUUGUGUGUCGAGUUUGCUGUAUGUGAAAAUCAUUGUUUAGAAAUAAGUAUUGCUUUAAAUAUAAGGAUAUUUUAUUAAUUAAAAUAAUUUAUAAAA